UAUUUAACUGCAGCGUCAGCAGGCAGGGCACGCAGCCGCAGGCAUGGAGGGUGGCGGGCAGCGCCUGGCCCCCGUUGCCCCCCCGGGCCAGCCCCAGGGUGAGCACCUGCAGCUCCUGCUGCGCCGCAGCCAGGAAGCCAAAAACUGCGCCUAUUGCCCCUACAGCCGCUUCCCGGUGGGCGCCGCGCUGCUCACCGCUGGUGGGGAGAUCUUCUCCGGGUGCAAUGUGGAGAACGCCUGCUACAGCCUGGGGAUGUGUGCUGAGCGCGCUGCCAUCCAGAAAGCCAUCUCUGAGGGGCACACCAGCUUCAGGGCCAUGGCCAUCACCAGUGACAUGAGGGACCACUUCAUCACGCCCUGCGGCGCCUGCAGACAAGUGAUGAGAGAGUUUGGCACAGACUGGGAUGUCUACCUGACCAAAGCAGAUGGCACCUAUAUCGUCAAGAGGCUGGAGGAGCUGCUGCCACUCUCCUUCGGCCCUGAGGACCUGAAGAAGGUGUGAGCGGUGUGGCUGCCCUUCGGCAGCAGGGGAGUAUGAUUUUCCCCAUUUUCCCUGGCGUGUAAGCAACUUUUUGGAGACAAUGCAAUGGGAAAUGCAUUUAUAGUGUUAAGUUACCUGUUCCUCUUGCUCAUCUUCUGAUUCAGCGCUGAUUCACGGAUGCUGGCCCUACCUUGCCCCGGGGAAAUGGUGAAAUGAAAUCGUAGAAAUUCCCUGUUAUUAGAAAAAAGUGUCUAGAUAUUGCUGUGGUCGAGGGGGAAGUUCACGGGCAGGGAAGGGUUUGAUGUACGGCUCAGGCUUGGGCUUCUUGGUACAGAAACCACUCCUGACUAAUGCAAAAUCAUUACUGGGGAAAAUGCUGAAUUCUUCAGCUCUAAAUGAGAAGCAAAAAGGAAAGGAUCCAUCAACCCCAGCAGUUACUAAUAAGCCAAUUCAGAUUAGGCGAUUUGCUGGAACCGGACAGUUAUCACAUCGAGCGUGUCCUUUGCUCGUUUCUCUCUGGCUUGUUUUCUUUGCUUUUAUUCCAUUUGUGGGGAUGAAGAGGGAGAGGAAUUUUUGAGGGGUUCUGGAGGGUUUUCUGUCUCCAGAGUAAUGCCAUUUGCUGAUUGUAAUACUAAUUUAAUUAUGCACAAUAAAAACCAAAUGUGUUCCAUUUCCCACCCAGCGCUGGGCUGGACAAUUCUGCCUGUGCCCAAGUGAAAUAAAAGCAGUCCUGGUUUAUCUCCUGUAA